AUGGACAGAGAAAAUCAUCCAAACCGUCCAACUUACUCGGUCAUCAGAGGAAAUCACCCAAACCGGCCAACUCAUCUGACCGUCAGAGGAAGUCAUCCAAACCGUCCAACUCAUUCAAUCGUUAGAGGAAGUCAUCCAAACCGUUCAACUUAUUCAACCGUCAGGGUAAAUCAUUCAAACCGUACAACUCAUCCGAUUGCCAGAGGAAAUCAUUCAAACCGUCCAACUCAUGCAAUCAUCAGAGGAAAUCAAUCAAAUCCUUCAACUUUUAAUAUUGACAGAGAAAAUAACCCAAACCGUUCAACUCAUCCCAUCGUCAGGAAUAAUCAACCAAAUCCUUCAGUUUCUCCGAUUGACAGAGAAAAUUAUCCAAACCUUCCAACUCAUCAGAUCAUCAGAGAAAAUCAACCAAACCCUUCAAUUUCUCCGAUUAACAGAGAAAAUCAUUCAAAUCGUCCAACUCACCCGACUGAUAGAGAAAAUCAUCCAAACAUUCCAGUUCACCCGGUCGACAGGGAAAUUUAUGGAGGCCAUCCAACUGAGAGGGAAAUUUAUGGAGAUCAUCCGAUUGUAAGGAUGAUUCGUCGACAUCUGUAA